UUCUUUUUCUUACACUUUCAGUCCCAUACAGAUACUAGCAAGACCCACAUUAUUUUUUAUCAUCACUCUUUCCGUCAUUAAGGGACAAAAGGAAAUCCAGUCGAGAAAACUCAGCCGCCAUGUUUUACCGCAACACCAAAUGGGCUGAGAGAUAUGCAGCCGGCCAAGCAAACCAAGUUAUGCCAGGCCUAAACAGAACAGGGCGCCGUUGGGACACCGUUUUGAGAUAUGGCCGCGACGACUUCGAAACUGGGUCUGAAUACUUCUGGUUUUACAUGCACUAUCUUGUCAUCACGAUUGGGACCCUCCUUACGCUGGCGUUGAUCAUUCUCAUCAUCGCCAUCUAUGCCCACCCUCCAACGGGUAGACACCCAGAUUGGAGAUUUCUGUUGCUCAGCGUGCUGCCGAGCGUGGCCAUAUUUGUCUGGAUAUGCACCGAUGGCUCGGCCGAGACCUGCAUGAAACCAUGGCCCAAGACGAGGCUGGCGAUCGAGGCGAUCGUCCUCGGGGGCUCGAUAGCUUGCACGUGCCUAUUCGGUGCCUUCUUCGCAAAGGUAUCAAAGGAGGAUUAUUUCGUGCACUGUUAUGCGACUAUGCUUGCAUUCUUGGCUGUUUUGUCUUUCACUCGUAUCAUUCGCAUGAUUGAAAUGAUCCUCAUCGUGCUGGUGAGACCUCGUGCUGAGCGCUCAACGGCAAAUGAGCCUGCUCAGGUUUGAGGGGUUCGCUGU